CAUUUCAUCAACAAUUUCUUUUCAUCUUCAAUAUAAUAUCAUAUCUGGACAAAAAUCAUCAACAACAUUCCUACUUAUAGAAAUGGAACAAAAUCCAACGAUUUUAGCCAAGAAAGUUUGGAGCUUCAUUCGUGUGCCCUAUUUCAUGCUGCGAAAAGGGAUAUCCAAGAGAAAACUGUUGUUGGACCUCAACAUGAUGAUUAAACGUGGCAAGAUCUCCGGAAAAGCCUUACACAACAGUAUUUUUCACCACCAUAACAACCGGGCGGCUUUCACCACCAACCACCGCUCCCACCAUCUCUCUUUCACAUCUUCUCCGCCUGAUGAAUACGAGUUCAGCUGCACCAACAGCCCUGCCAAUGGUGACGAUCACCCAUUCUCUCUAAUUUCACCUCAAAAGAACCAUCACUCCAACUGUAAACCGGCGGAGGAUCUUGAUAUGAUGGCCGUCAAUGCUGUGCUUAAAGCCAUGGAGAUGAUUCACAGCGAGGCAGUGUCACCGGCGCUUCCAGGGUAUGGGAGGAGUCCGAUGGUUAGGCAGCUGAGGGUAACCGACUCUCCGUUUCCGUUGGGUGGUGUGGAUGAGGACAACCAUGUAGAUGAGGCGGCGGAGCAGUUCAUAAGUCGAUUCUAUAACGUCUUAAGGCAGCAGUCAGCAGAAUAAGAAAGCGUCGUCGUGAAUUAACAAAUAUCUUCUUUUCGAAUGUGUUGUCUUAUUACACCUGUUUACAAGCAUAUUUUUGGUAGUGCUUGUAAAUGUCGUUUGUAAGUAAUUGUUGGAUGUGCCUGAGAUGCAAAUAUGCAGUUGUACAUUUCAUAUAUGUUACACUGAUUUAGAAGAAUAAACUUUUGGUCGAAGUUGAAUAGUUAUGAUGGACUUCUAGUUCA